UACUCCUCCUCUCCUCUACAGAAGAAUGUGCCUCAGGGAUUCAACAUGAGAGGGAAAAUUUGGACUAAAGAGGGAUUCUUUGCUGCGGUCAUCUUCCUCACCAUCUUCAUCAUCAUCAUCACCUGUUUGAUGGUCCUCUACCGUCGAAAGGAGAAGGUUGAAUAUUCUGACAGGCAGACCAAAGAGCAGUCCGUGUUCCCCAGCCGCGACCUUCACCUGACCCCUGUCACCGUCCCACCCCCGGUCCCGCUGCACGCCGUCGGAGCCCAGACCCAGCCCCAGGUCCCCUUCUCUAGCAGCAUGGUCCAAGCAGAGCCAGCACCGCCUUCUACACCCACAUCCAUACCUCCACCCAGAGCCUGCCGUCCUCCACCCACCACCCCUGUCCCCAUCCCUGUCUCCAGCUCCAGCUGUGGUCCUCCGCAGCUCCCCCCUGCCCACCAGAAACCCUGCCUGUCAGCCAGCCCCUCUCCCUUCAGGAUGAAGCCUGCCGCGUGUCUCCAGGAGAGGAGAGGCUCCAACGUCUCCCUGGUGCUGGACAUGUCCUCCCUGGCCUCGGUGGAGCCCCUGAACUGUGGGGUGGUGACCCCCAGAGAGAGGGCCACUCAGGACUACCUGCAGUCAGCCAGCCGGACCCUGUCCAGACAGCAGCUACGAGACGUGGUGCUCAACACACAGACGCUGCACGCAGAGUUCGCUGAAAUCCCAAUGAACUUUGUGGAUCCAAAGGUGAUGGACAUUUCCAGUCAUGGAACCAAAAACAGAUACAAGACAAUACUGCCAAAUCCACAUUCCAGAGUGAUCCUGAGGACCAAGAGCUCCUUCGACCCUCUCAGCAGCUACAUCAACGCCAACUACAUUAGGGGUUACCUAGGCGAUGAGAAGGCCUACAUCGCCACCCAGGGUCCCAUGAUCAACACAGUGAAUGAUUUCUGGCAGAUGGCCUGGCAGGAAGACUGUCCUGUCAUCAUCAUGAUCACCAAGCUCAGGGAAAAGAAUGAGAAAUGUGUUCUGUACUGGCCAGAGAGGCGUGGUAUCUAUGGCAAGGUUGAGGUGCUCAUUAACAACGUGACAGAGUGUGACAACUACACCUGUCGGACCCUCAACCUGAAGCAAGGGGCCCAGAGUCGUGUGGUGAAGCACUACUGGUACACAUCGUGGCCGGACCAUAAGACCCCAGACAGCGCCCAGCCCCUGCUCCAGCUGAUGAGAGACGUGGAGGAGGACAGGACUGGCUCCCCAUCGCAGGGACCCGUCAUCGUACACUGUAGCGCAGGGAUUGGCCGAACGGGCUGCUUCAUCGCCACGACAAUAGGCUGUCGUCAGUUGGAGAUGGAGGGAGUGGUGGAUGUGCUGGGGAUUGUGUGUCAGCUCAGAGCGGACAGAGGAGGUCUGAUCCAGACAGGGGAGCAGUACGAGUUUGUCCACCACGCCUUGAGCCUCUUCGAGACCCGCCUCUCCGCCGACACCGGCCAAUGAACAGAGGCCAGGAAGUUUUCGUUAAAACGUGCCAGGUUUUUCCAGGAAGUGGAAUUUAAUUCCCCCUAGCGGGAAGGACCUAUCUUACCUGGUGACUGUGAGGUCAUGUGACUAAUGAGGAAGUGGAUGUUCGGGUGACGAUUGGAUGGUAGAUGUCCUUGUGGGCUUUGUCUUUGUGGACAUGUAUGGACAGCCUGGACUGCUAUUGGCUGAUUGAUUGAGUCUCCUUACAGAGAGAGAGAUGGAGGUAUGGACAGGUGAUUAUGUCUCUGAAUGUAAUGUAUCCUUUCUUCUCUUCCUCUCUUUCCUCCUCCUCCUCUUCUUCUACUACUUCCUGUCAUUCGUGAGCAGCUCUGCUUCUGAAAACGUUGUUGUGAGCAACCUGCCUCUGUCCAAUCAAACUCUCUGAUACUGCAGCUCUGUCCAAUCAGAUUGCCUGAUAUUGAUUCUGUAGUAUACCUACACUCUGACCUCUUACUACUAUGUGCUACAGUAGAUGGGUAGGUAGUCUGUGGUCCUUGAAUCGUCCAUGGUGUUUCUAUUAAAAAGCUAAAGGUACGUUGUCGAAACGAA